AGUGCAGGAACUGUUCGUCUACAACUAGUUGCGCCUGAGACUCUGUAGAAAAAUCCUCCCAUGCAAUUAUGGCUCAUCUUUUGUGAUCUAGACCGUUGAUGGAGUCAACGUGAUGAAGGAUCCCAAAAUCUCCCAGCUAGGAAGAUGUAGAUCCUAGCCAUACAAUCUUCGAUCACUUUACCAAUGUAUGUAAGAUCGUGACUGAAGGGUUAGGAUCUUCCAAUCCGCUUUCCGUUACUGAUGUAAGGAAACAAAGGGACCCACCUAGGUUCCACUGGGGCCCACAUAAUGGCAAGCCACGUCAGUCGUUCGUGGGAGUAGCUAAUUUGGUACUCUGGCGCAGUACCUUACUAUUCCCAUUUCUCAUCUAGACUCUACACACGCCAGGCGCACUAUAGCAUUCCUUUGCCGUAAGUUAGCUGAAAUGGCAGUUGUAGGGAACCCAUGAAGCAAACCCAUUGUAGAGGAUAAAAAACAAUGAUAUUCAGACCAUUUUUGAAAUCCAAACAAGCCCAAAAAUCCCAAGCUUUCAGAGCUUUCCAAAAGCUCCUAUCUUCUCAAGCAUGUCAGGUGUUCGACGAAAUGCCUCAAAGAGACCUAACCGAGUAUAACCAUUUGCUCUUCGAAUACUCUCGUAACAAUCUCAAUCGAGAAGCUCUGAGUCUCUUCUUUGACAUUCGACGAUCAGAUAUACCCGUCGAUGCAUCCACCCUCUCCUGUAUUCUGAAGGCCUGCAGCUGCUUGUAUGAUCGAUUUUUUGGGAAGCAGAUACACUGCCACUGCAUCAAAUGCGGAUGUGAAGCCGAUACUAGCGUGGGCACUUCUCUUGUUGAUAUGUACAUGAAAUGCGAUGACAUUGAGGAUGGGAGGAAGUUGUUUGAUCAAAUGCCUGAGAGAAAUGUGGUCACGUGGACUUCAUUGCUUGCGGGUUAUACGCGAAAUGGGCUUCCUGAGCUUGUGCUGGAACUCUUCUUUCAGAUGCGGUUGGAGCGCAUCAAGCCAAACCCUUUCACUUUCGCGAGUGUUCUUGCUGCUUCGGCAGCUCAAGGUGCUGUCAGGGAAGGAAUUCAAGUUCAUAGCCAAGUCAUCAAAUUUGGGUUCGAGUUAACUGUGUUCGUGGGGAAUUCCUUGAUAAACAUGUAUUCAAAGUCGGGUUUGGUUAGAGAGGCAAGGGUGGUGUUUGAAGGAAUGGAGAACGGAGAUGCAGUUUCUUGGAAUGCUAUGAUUGCAGGGUUAUUGUCAAAUGGGUAUGACAUUGAAGCACUGGAACUGUUUCAUCGGAUGAGGGUGGUGGGUAUGAAGCUGACCCAAUCGAUAUUUGUGACCAUUAUCAAGCUGUGUGCAAAUCACAAAGAGCUGAAUUUUGCCAGACAGCUCCAUUGCUACGUGUUGAAAAAUGGGUUUGGGUUCGAUGUCAAUAUAAGGACGUCGCUCAUGGCAGCUUAUAGUAAGUGUGGUGAAAUGGAUGACGCAUAUGAUCUGUUCUCUAUGAUGCCUGGAGCUCAGAACGUUGUUUCAUGGACAGCUAUGAUUUGUGGGUACUUGCAGAAUGGUGGGACCAUACAAGCAGUCCACCUCUUCUGCGAAAUGAGUAGGGGGGAUGUUCGGCCUAACCAUUUCACCUACUCGAUCAUCCUUACAGCUUCCCCCACUAUAUCGCCAUUCCAAGUCCAUGCCCAGGUUGUCAAAACCAACUACGAGAGCUCGUCGUCGGUAGGGACUGCACUGCUGACUGCCUAUGUUAAGCUCGGGAAUACCCAUGAAGCUGCCACUGUCUUUGGACUAAUCGAUGAGAAGGACAUUGUUGCAUGGUCCGCUAUGCUUGUGGGGUAUGCCCAGAUUGGAGAUGCCAAGGGAGCCGUUGAGCUUUUCUGCAAGAUGGGCAUAGAGGGAGUUAGGCCAAAUGAAUUCACCUUCUCUAGUGUCAUCAAUGCAUGUAGUAGCCCGAUGGCAGCGGUAGAGCAGGGGAAACAGCUUCAUGGAUGCUCGAUCAAGGCUGGAUUUGAGAAUGCCAUUUGUGUGAGCAGUGCUCUUGUUACCAUGUACGCAAAAAGAGGGAGCAUUGAAAGUGCGCAUGCUGUUUUCAUUCGGCAAGUGGAGAGGGACUUGGUUUCAUGGAAUUCGAUGAUCUCGGGCUAUGCACAGCACGGUUACGGGAAGAAGGCUCUUGAGAUUUUUGGACAGUUGAAACAAGAAGGCUUGGAAAUGGAUGGAAUCACAUUCGUUGGUGUGAUUUCUGCAUGUACUCACGCAGGACUUGUGGAUGAAGGGAAGAGAUUUUUUGAAUCAAUGACCUGUGAUCAUGGCAUCAAUCCAACAAUGGAGCAUUACGCUUGCAUGGUCGAUCUUUAUGGUCGAGCUGGUAAGCUUGAAGAAGCCAUGGAUCUCAUAAAAGGGAUGCCAUUUCCAGCCGGUGCAACUGUGUGGCGGACGCUCUUGGGCGCUUGCCGGGUCCAACUCAAUGUAGAGUUAGGAAAGAUUGUGGCGGACCACCUCUUAUCCCUCGAACCGCAUGACUCUGCUGCUUAUGUGCUGCUGUCAAAUAUCUAUGCGGCAGCAGGAAAAUGGGAAGAGAGAGCCAAGGUAAGGAAGCUAAUGGAAGAUCGGAAUGUGAAAAAGGAAGCUGGAUACAGCUGGAUUGAGCUGAAGAACAAAACACAUUCAUUCAUAGCCUGUGAUCGAACACAUCCAUUAACAGAUCGCAUAUACAUGAAACUCAAAGAGCUGAAUUCCCGAUUGAAGGAUGCCGGGCACUGCCCGGACACGAGCUUCGUGCUUCAUGAUAUAGAAGAGAAGCAGAAGGAAGUGAUUCUUUCACAGCACAGCGAGAGGCUGGCCAUUGCUUUCGGAUUGAUAGCCACUCCUGCGGGGACCCCGCUGCAGAUCGUGAAGAACCUUAGAGUGUGUGGCGAUUGCCACAUGGCUAUCAAACUGAUAUCGAAGAUUGAGGAGAGAGACAUUGUGGUGAGGGAUUCGAACCGCUUCCACCACUUCAAGGGAGGCUCUUGCUCGUGCGGGGAUUAUUGGUAAUCCUCUUAUUAGAUUGUGGAAGCCAGGUUUGCAGGUUUGAGUGUUUGACCUUUAUUCAAGGAAAGGCUGGGAGAAGUAAAUCUUGAUGCAGGUGACCGCAAUUUUCUUAUGGAUGUCCAGAACAGGAUGAUGUUGAAACCAGUUCACGAAUUCAGAGCAUGAUAGUAGACUCCUAUGCAAGCAUGUCUGUGGCUCUCUUCAAGAGUAUCCUAUUCAUGCAUAAGCAUUGCGGGGCUUGCAGGACUAGUUACAGACGGCUGUGACGAAUAUGCAGGUGAUGAUUAUUUACUUCAAAGUUGAAGCCCAUUGAGUUUUCGGUAAUCAAUGGAGAUUUUCAGACUACAAUGUCGAACUGUGUAUGUUGGCGGAGAUGGAGGAUCUUGGCCACCACUAUAGAACCAUUGCAGGGCGUGAAGGACUAGUUACAGACUGAUGUGAUGAAUAUGCAGGUGAUGAUUAUUUACUUCAAAUUUCGAAGCCUGUCUGCAUUGAGUUUUCGGUUGUCAAUGGAGAUUCUCAGAAGACAAUGUCAAACUGGGUAUUUUGGGGAGAGGUGGAGGUAUGCAGUCACCUCUUUAGAAGCUACGGGGGCCCAUUUGUUUAUGUUUGCUACAAAUCAAAUCAAAAUCUCCAAUCACCACCUUCAUCCCGAAGAUGAGCAACUAGACACAUUCUUCCAUUUCAUUGCUCGCUGUAAGGAGAUUGACAUCUGCCUUCCAAAAAACUUCCUGACAGAAACAAGAUUGACAGAUGUUCAACACCACAAUUUCCAAAUCUUAUUCAUUCCAUUACUGAAGAAAGAUUGAUGAAUGAUGAAAAGGUACAUUGACUAGUCCACUUUUUAUCUUGUUGAGAACCUUUCACUGUGUAUUUCACAUGAUCGAAUGCUACCAAAUGGGUUAAUAAUGGCUUAAGACUGUGAUUGGAUGCACAACUGAAUCGAAGUGCAAUAAUUAGUUGAGUGGAAAGGACCAAAUUGCAGUUAAGUGUUCAUGUUGAUGGACUAGGCUUGGAAUAUUACAAGAGUUUUAUUGUUUAGUUGGACUUAAAAGGAAGAGAAAUUAUUUGAUACUCUGUCGGAGUGUGAUGGGUGAUACUCUGACACUUGCAUUCAUACACAUGGCAUGGUCAUGUGCUCAAAUUAAACCAUCCAAAUCAUGGCACCCACUGUAGACAAGUUCACAGUCAUGUGCUCAAAUUAAACCAUCCAUCAUCAUCAUGCAAUAUCUAAUUUAAGAAAAUUCGUUUGCUGAAUUUUAAUCUUUGAUCAUUUUCCAUGUAGACUGUACAUUAGAUAUAAAGUAAUCAACUAGUUAAGGCA